AAUGGUGCGUCGACACGCCGGCGCGCGUUCGCCUUCGUCCGGGCUGUGCCGCGACGUGGUACUAGCCCACUCCGAGCUAUAAAAUGCGGCGGAAAACGCCAAGGCCUGCCUCGCUCUCUCCCCCCUUGAGGCUGCGGCCGGGAGGCAGCCAAAUGGCGACGCGCGCCUCCACUCCGGUCCUCCGGGAACCUGCGCUGCGCACACACCGCAUGCCUCCAGGCGUCGCCGGCUGAGUGAUGCAGGCCGGGAUUACAAUCAAUUGCAGCAAAAGAAGAAGAAAAAGCUGGGACAGAUCUCAUAUUGUAGAGAGCGUGCGUGCGUGUGCGCAUUUGUGGAGGGCGAUGAGCUUGAUCGGGUCGCAAUGCCGGGCGGCGGGUCGAGGUUGGUUCGACGUCCGCGGUUAGUUAAGGGACCGACUGUCAGCGUCCCUGAUUCAGGGAGAAGCGGCAACGACUCGAGCAUCGACAAGGCAGCCAGCGUGGCUUCGGAAAGGGAAGAGGGAACCAAUCAGGGCCAAGACCGCGUCAUCAGGCGUCCACCUAGGAUCAGGCACCCCAAACCGCAGGUUUGUGGGCCCGGAGUGGGUGAAUCCUUCUUAAGGCCAAGUGGAGCCAGAGAGGAGCCAUCCAGUGGGAUCAGGCACCGGCACGGCAUCCCUUUUUGCUUUUGCUUUCUUCUUUCCCUUCCCACAAGACAAAGUGUAACUCUGUAAGCUACCCUGUGAGCGUGAGAAUUCAGAUCGAGAUCCAUCGCCUAACAUCGUGGUAUCAGAUAGCCACCCACCACCCUUCCACCGCCGCCGACGACACCACUGCCGCGCUGGAAACCCGUCGCCAGAAGCAGGCGCGCGACUUCCUCAUCGCCAACAUGGAUCCCGCGCUGAAGGCGUACCUCGACAAGCUCAACGACGAGGCCAUCGCUCGCGCUCGCCGGCAAGAGGAGGAUACCAAGACCAUCCUCCAGGCCGUGGCGGCGCAGACCACCAGGAUCGACGCUCUCGUCUCCUGGAAGCCGGAACUCGAGGCGCGGUUCGCGCAGCUCGAAUCCGCCGUCGCGACGCUACAGGCAGCAUCAUCGGCGCUCGCGCCGACUCCACCAUCAACGGAUCCCCGCCGCCUGCAACUACACCGGUCGCGCGCGAGAUCCAAGGGCAAUCAAGCCACGGCGCGUCACUGCAACCCGGGGGAUCUCCGACGGCGACCUUCGAGUCGCCGGCGGAUUCCCCGGUCACGGGUAUGGCCAUGAUCCAGUCUCAGAAUACUUCUCCAUUAUCUUCUCAAGUACUGGCGGCGAUGGGGCAGGCACCCCCGCCGAUUUCGUUUCCCAGUUUUGGGGGCGAGAAUCCGCAGCUUUGGAAGACGCUGGCGGAACAGUACUUUCAGAUGUUUGCGGUUCAGGAAUCAUACUGGGUUCCCAUGGCAAUUCUGAAUUUCACCGGCCCGGCUGCCAUUUGGCUGCAGUCGGUGCAACGCAAGGUUGCGGGUUUGGCGUGGGAAUCAUUCACAGCGCUGUUGUGCACUCGAUUUGGCCGCGAUAAACACCAGUUCCUGAUUCGUCAGUUCUAUGCUAUUAAACAGACGGAUUCAGUAGCAGAAUUCAUCGAACAUUUUGAAACUCUGAUGAAUCAUAUGAUGUCUUAUUCAGAACUAACGCAUCCUUACUUCUUCUUGACUCGGUUCAUCAAGGGGCUGCGGGCGGACAUACGGGCGGUGGUGCUCAUUCAGCGUCCGCCUGACCUCGACACGGCGUGUUCCCUGGCGCUGCUGCAGGGGGAGGUAGCAGACGGGGAGCUGGUCAAGCACGUGGCGCCAGCGCGUUUUCCAGCACCGCGGUUUGUGACGGCCAGUACUCCAGUGGCGCCUCCGAGCGCUGCCCGUCCAUCCGCGCCUACAGCUAGCGCUGAAGAUCGACUGGGGACAGAAGCAGCGCGGGCAGGGACAGAGAACAACAAGAUCCCAGCCUUGCGCUCUUUCAGAAGAGCUCGCGGUCUCUGCUUCAAGUGUGGGGAGCGAUGGGGCAAAGAGCAUACAUGUCCUUCCACCGUUCAGAUGCAUGUGGUGGAGGAAUUGCUGGAAUUAUUUGCAACAGAGGAGACGCGAAGUGAGGUCGAUCAGGAUCAAUCAACCUUGGACGAGGAUAAUCUCUGCACCAUCUCAAAGCAAGCAGUCGAUGGAUCGUCUGGGCCGGAAGUGAUGCAGCUGCACGCGUGGAUACAGGGCAAAGAGAUGUCACUCCUGGUGGAUUCUGGCAGUUCGUCGUCAUUUGUGGACCUGCAUAUGGCUACUCAUUUGUCCGGGGUGUGCAAACUGCCGAAGGCUUGUCGCGUUAAGGUCGCAGACGGGUCAGUGUUACACUGUGACAGCUUUAUUCCGCAGUUCCAGUGGUCUACUCAGGGGCAUGAGUUUGUCACAGAUUUUAAGCUCCUAUCCCUGGGAGUCUAUGACGCAAUCCUAGGAAUGGAUUGACUCAAGAAACACAGCCCGAUGCAAAUUGAUUGGGAAGCUCAGCACAUGACCGUGACCACAGAGCAAGGACUAGUGGACUUACAAGCAGUCACUAAACA